UCCAUUUUCUUCGAUUCACGGAAUCUGAAGUCUAACCAUUCACACGGCGGCCGGCGGGAGACCACAGAGGAUAUCUAUCUGCUACUGCUAGAGAGGGAAGGAGGGAGGGAAGAGAAAGUCUGCUUGCGGGUCCAAGGGGGACGACAAUUUGUGUUGAGAGCUCGUAUUGAAUGAAGAUUGGUCAACAGCAAUUGAAUUUGCCGGCGGGAUUUAGGUUCCAUCCGACGGAUGAGGAGCUAGUGGUGCAUUACCUUUGCCGAAAGUGCGCCGGCCACCAGAUUGGAGUGCCUAUUAUUGCUGAGAUUGAUCUCUACAAGUUUGAUCCAUGGCAACUUCCAGAAAUGGCUGUGUACGGUGAAAAAGAGUGGUAUUUCUUUUCUCCAAGGGACCGGAAAUAUCCCAACGGUUCACGGCCGAAUCGGGCGGCAGGGACAGGUUACUGGAAGGCCACCGGCGCCGAUAAGCCUGUGGGGAAACCGAAGACUCUGGCAAUCAAAAAGGCUCUCGUCUUCUAUGCCGGAAAAGCUCCAAGAGGUGUCAAAACCAAUUGGAUCAUGCACGAAUACCGCCUCGCCAAUGUGGACCGAUCUGCCGGAAACCGAAAGAAUUCGAGGCUUGACGAUUGGGUAUUGUGUCGACUAUACAACAAGAAAGGAGCUAUCGAAAAGCAUUUGAAUGUGGAUCAGAAGGAAGUGCAGUUCUCGGACAGCGAAGAACAGAAGCCGAAUGUGGAUGAACUAAUGCCAUGCAGCGGAACGUUAGCACCACCGGAGAAGACAACAUUGUCAUCAACCCAAAUGAUGAACGACCACAUGCAUUUCGACACAUCCGAAUCAGGGCCAAAGCUGCAAACCGACUCGAGCAGCUCAGGCCAUGAGCUGUCGCCUGAGUUCAUAUACGACAACAGGGAGGUCCAGAGCGAGGCCAAAUUGAGCAUGAGCGAUUUCCAGAGUAGCCUCGAUGUUCAGCUGAAUGACUUCGACGGGUUCCAAGAUGACCUGUUCUUCGGGUCGCAAAUGAACUACAACGAUCAGAUCUCUCUGUUUCAAGAUGUCUUUGCUUACAUGCAGAAGCCCUUCUAAGUUUUUCGAGGCUUGAAUAGCCGCAGCCAUGUGUAUACACCAGGUACAUACAUACGUAGUGAUUGCUUUCGAGAGCCUUGAGACGUUGGAGAGAGUUGUCGAUUGUUGUCUGAAAUCGGAAGCCCAGAGCAGCGCGGCGAUUGUUGAUUCGAGUGAAAAGAUUGCCAUGAGAAGUGAAUGCAGGAGGGGAUGAAGUGGAGGGUGUUGGUCUAAUUCGGUUCGAUUUGAUUUAGGAAGUAUAGCAACAGAAAACAGGGCAUUCUUGCCAUGGUUAAAAACCUCCAUAGUUUGUGUGAGUGUCUAUGUUGUUGUUAGCUCUAUUCUUUCCAUUUGUAUUAUGGAUAGAAUAUGUAGUGUAGCAUUCUUGUUCUUGUUCUUAUUCUUAUUCUCAUUCCCAUUCUUGCAGUAAACACAGGCAAUAAAAUUUUGGAUUUAAUUUA